AUGCCGACUCUGAACGAAGUCAAGUUCCGAAUCGGCCUGGCCCUACUGACAGCCAAAGAUGCACCUCUGAGGGAAAUCGCAGUUCCCGGCAUAAUCCUAGGCCUGCUGUCCCACUGGCUCGUCUUUAUCCGCGGAGAGCACCUCAAGGCCGCCCCGCAGUAUUUCCUCGUCUCCCUGACCACGCCGUGUGCGAUUGCCAUCACGCUGGUCCGUUUCCUCCGGUUUUCUGGCCGGCGGGCUCUCGCCGCCACUGCAGUGGGAUGGAUAUCGUACUUCACCGCCCUGUACGCGAGCAUGAUGGUGUACCGCAGCAUGUUCCACCCACUGCGGCACUUCCCAGGCCCUUUCUGGGCCAAGUUCUCGCAGUUCUGGGGUGUCCUGAAGACCGCGCCCAAGACGGACAACUUCCGACAUCUCGACCGGCUGCACGCGCAGUACGGCGAAUAUGUCCGCGUCGGGCCGAACCUGCUUUCUGUCUCGGACCCGGAUCUCGUGGAGCCGAUCCAUAAUACGCACACCAAGUUUACCAAGGCAGAGUGGUACGACGCCGGACACCCGACGACGAGCCUGCACCAGAUGCGCGACCGCGCCGAGCACGACAAGCGGCGGCGUGCAGGCUGGGACAAGGCGUUCACGACCAAAUCGCUGCGCGCGUACGACUCGCGCGUGGUCAAGUACGCCGACCUGCUCAUCGGGCAGCUCCGCAAGCGGUCGGGCCAGGUUGUCAACGCGACGGACUGGUUUCUCUGGUAUGGCUUUGACGUGAUGGGCGACCUUGCCUUUGGCCGAUCCUUCGACAACCUCGCGAAAGCCCGGUCGCAUCUGUACAUUGAAAUCAUGCACGCCGCCGGCGCCUCGGGCGGCUCGCUGACCAGCGUGCCCUGGGCGAUCCAGCUCUCGACGCUCGUCCCCUCGGCCCUGAAUCCGCUCGCCAAGCUCAGCAUCUUCGCCGAGAAAGCCAUGCGGGACCGCCGUAGCGGCACCGCCCCGGCGGAGCCAGACGUCAUGUCGCACCUCCUCGACGCCGGCGCGUUCUACCCGAGCCCAAGGCGCAACGACCUGCUGCUCGUCGGCGACGCGCGGCUUCUCAUCGUCGCGGGCAGCGACACCACGGCCUCGACGCUCGUCUACGCGUUCUACAACCUCGCGGCGAACCCGGGCUUUGCGGAACAGGUCCGGGCCGAGCUGGCCGAGCACGGCAUCCACGGGGACGAGGAUGUCAGCGUCACGGCGCUGCAGAAUCUGCCGUUCAUGAAUGCCGUCAUCAACGAGACGUUGCGCCUGCAUCCUCCGGUCCCGGGCGGCGUGUACCGGCAUACGCCCAAGGAGGGAGUUGUCGUCAACGGGCACAAGCUGCCGGGCGGUGUCAAGAUUGUCGGCCCGCAUCAUACUAUCCAGCGCUCACCGAAAGCAUUCGUCGAGCCGCUCAAGUUCAUCCCCGAGCGCUGGACCACCCGGCCAGAGCUGGUCCUCAACAAGAACGCCUGGUUCCCGUUCUCCAUCGGCAAAUUCUCAUGCAUUGGCAAACAGCUGGCCCUCAACGAGCUCCGCACCGUCAUCUCCAAGGUCCUGCUCAACUUUGACGUGCGCCUGGCACCUGGAGAGACGGGCAGAGACCUGCUCGAAGAAUCCAAGGACAUGUUCACCCUGAUCAACGGCAAGCUCGAGCUCGUGUUCACCGAGCGAGUUAGGGCGGUGCAGGCCGCUGUGGAGGAGGCUGCGACUGAGUUUGUAGACGCCGAGGAGGGCGAUGUGAAGGUCUCGACGAGUGCAGCAGCGGCAUAG